GGGCCAUUCUGCGCAUGCGUGAUAUUUCCCUGUUGAUGAGAUUUCGAUCGGAGACGGAGGAAUAAAAUUAUUGCUGAUUUUCGAGAUUACACGCCGAGCAUACCACAUGGUUUUUCUUGUCUUCAAAAGUUUUGCCGUCCUUCAAAAGUGCUGAAGUCAUAUCAGAAUGCACUCAUGAAAUAAAGUAAAGGAACUAUCAAUCAACGACAAUGGAGCAGGAAAAUGAAGUUGGGCAGUUUAACCUGACUGUACAAGGUACAACGGAGGAGGAGAAUAAAUCGGACACUGCAAAUGAAAAUGAUCAGUGUGAAACCACCGUCCAUCCUGGUCCAUCGGAAGGUACCAAGGACACAUGUAUUGGGGAUCCGGACGACGUUCAUGCAGCUCAAGGAAGCAUGGAAGAUCUUACCAAUCAGAAUGUGCCAGGGAACACUGAGGGUAGUGUUGAUGGAGUGAACAAAGUAGGGAUAGAGAUUCCAGUGGAUUUGGAAGAUCAUUCCUCUUUGGAACCAGUGGGAGUGGUCUCUGGUGCUUCAACAGCUGCCGUUACAACUGAAGUGAAUGAUAGUGAAACUCAUCCAGAGGGGAAUACUCCAUCAAUGUCUACUGAAGAACAAACGAUCACACACGAAGAUGCAGAUAGGUUAGAUCCAGGUGAAAAUUUAACUGAACUUGCCGCUUCAGGUACUACUGUCUCCGCAGAUGAAGUAGUGGUAUCAUUGCAAGAAGUCAAUAAAGACCCCAUUUCUUCAUCAACAGAUGAUCGGAAAUCUGAAAUAUCAGUCCAGGAUAGCAGGGAUUCUGCAGAAGAAUGUAAUCAAACUGAAGGUAUUGUACAGAUUGACUCACAACUCAGCAAGGAACUGAUUACGCAAUCCGUUGAUCAGACUGGUGCAAGUGCUGAGCAGGGUGACAACGCACUCUGCAGAGGAAGCCCAGGAGUUGUCCAGGUAAUUGGUGCAAGUGACACUGGAGAAGAUGGAGAAGAAUCAGCUGAACUAUCUGCUUCAUCAUCUGAGGAAUCAUGUUCAAAUAAAUUUGUUGGUACAUUCAGUGGAGACCAUAAUAUCCCUUCACAUGCAAAGUCAGUUCAUGAAGAUAACAUGUUGGUUAAUACAUCAGCUGUUGACAUUACCAGUGAUGAGGCUGUUCCUUCAAUGCCAAUAAACUCUAUGACAACAUGUGAAAAUGCAUCGGUUAGUGAUAUGUCCUCGACAGAAGCAGAAAUUGCUAUGACCAAAAAGCAAGAUGAGGAUACCAUAACUUCUACAGUUCAAGAGGUUUAUCAGCAAGAUUCAGAUCAUACAGACCUUGCUCAGAUAUCACCAGUGGAUACUAAUGUUUUAAAUAAAACAAGAAAUGUUCUUGGAAACGAGUCUUCUGAUUUUGUGACAAGUACUUCCACACAAGAAGAACGUGGGUCUAAUAUGUCUGAUGGUACUCUAAUGAAAAUAAGCAUCGACGCUAAUCAGAUAAAUGAAGCAACACCACGGGAUAGCAUUCAAGUGGUAGAUGAUGACAGAGGGAAAAUGGUUAUGGAACUUUCUACAGAUGUGAUUCAACCAAACCAGUCUUCAGCGCAUGGUCCAGGUCAACAGUUAACACAAUUGAUAGAACCAAUGGUUUUAUCUGAAGAGCCAAUGGAUGUAACAGAAAGUGCACUUCACAUCUCCAGCAGCCAAACAGUCGUAGACACAAUAGACCCAAGUGUGGUUCCAUGCAUAGCUUCUGAAAUGUUGGGCAAAGAUUCUGAAGCACAUGCAUCCCAUCAUCUUUCCAGUGUAACAUCUUCAGAUGCAGUAAAGUCUCAAGAAAGUGGUCCUGAUAUGGAAGAGGAAAGGCUUGAGGAAUCAAGCAAAAACCCUGAAGAAAUUGUACAGGAUGAAGGUGUUGUCAUCACUACUGCAGACUAUCAAAAACCAUCCAUAGAAUCAGGUGGAGUAGUAACUAGUGAUGUUUUAAUAAGUUAUGAUGAAAUGGGAUUAACAGGUCAAGUUUCAGAAAUGGAAAUAGAUCAACAUGAUCAAAGGGAUGAUGACAAAUCUGAAAGUCGGAUAUUGUCUCAAGAAAACAUAGCAAAUGCCUCAGUCAUGGAAGCAAGUUCAUGUUCUGGAACAAGCUUGGCAUCGGAGGAAGAGCAAGAACAAGGUGAAAAAGAUCAAUCCAAGGAUAAGGAGAUGGAAGAGCAUGUCCACCCAGUUCCAACCACACAUUGUACAAUAAAGCCAGACUCACAAGCUAGUGAUGUAAAAUAUAAAGAUAUUGCAUUACUUGAGCCAAGCAGUGCAGAAGCCAAAACCUAUUCUUGUGAUACAACAACUGCUGAUUCUGGAUCGGCUUCAGAAAUCGAGCAGCCUUUGCAGAAAGAGUUGAUUGAAGAAUGUCAGUCUUCAGGUACAGACCCACUGAAAGACUUAACUGAAAGUUUUGAUGAAAAUGAGCAAACACAGCAGACACCAAUAAACCCUGCAGUCAAGCCAUUGGCAAUGUAUUCAGGACAAAUGGAUUUGCCACAUGAUCAGGAUACAUGUGAUUCAGACGAUAGAACAAUACUGGAUCAAAGUGCUCAUGAUGGUGACAGUUUGACAGAAGAGGCGAAACCAUCAAAUAUAUGCGAUGUCAAAAAGAUGCAUGGAAAUAAUGCAUCAACUAGUAUGCAAUUUGAACACUUAGAAGAUGAUGAGCAACGUCUUGUUGAAGACGGGAACAGAUUAGCUGGUGAACGUGUUGCUGAUAAGGUUGGUUCUGGUUAUACAGAAGAUGAGAAUAGAAUUGAAUUACCUGCUCCUUUGGACCAGAAGGAAAAGAUGGCUGUUGAAUCAUGUGAUGGUGAUACUGCAGAAUGCAGUAAGCGUACUAGUCAUGUGCCUGAUAGUGAAAAUUCAAAUGCAGAAAGCAGUGAAGUGCAAGGAGAGCAAUUAACAGAAUCCCAUUGUAUCCAAACUGCUGUGGGAGAUGUUGACAGUGAUGAUGAACAAAUGACUCCAGAAAUCAUUCUGAAAAAAGGUGAACUAUCAGGUGAUGUUAAAGGAGAACUGGGCAAAAAUAUAAGUUCAUUACAAGAGGAGGUUACCAGCAGAUCAGAUUCAGGUCCAGUGGCUGGAAAUUCUGAUGUCACAGUUGGCAGUAUUUCUGAAGAUAAUCCGGUUAGCAUAGAAAUAUCUUCAGAGACAGACAUUGUUCAUGAUAUAGAGCAGGUGAGAAACCUUGAUAAUCCUGUAUCGAGUGAAAGUAUUCAAGAGAACAUUGGAUUAGAGAACGAUGAAAUAGAUGAGACUGUCAGUGAAGAGGCUCAAGUAUCAAGUAAAAAUGAAACCAGUGCAUGUCAACAGUUAAUUAGUCAAGAGAGCACAACAGGUGCGAGAUUGAUGCAUGCACCAAGAGAUAAUAGUCAUAUUAAUGACCCAAGUCAAUCUUGUUCAGAAGCUAUAGUAGAAUCAUCAUCUAGAGAAAUUUCAGAAAGCAGCUAUGAAGAGAGUAGAACAGAGGCGAGUGUCAUGCAUCCAUCACAAGAUGACGGUGAUACUUUUGACCCUAGUCAGUCAAGUAAAGAAGCUGCAUUAGAAUCAUCUAAAGAAAUUUCAGAAAGUGACUUUGAAGGAGAAUCAGAAACCACUCUAAAUGACACUGAAUGCAAGUCUUCAAAAACUAUUGAUGAAAAGAGUGGUGAAUUACCUUCUGGACAUUUGCAGGAAACCAUCAGUGUUGAAGUGCGUCCUGGUGAAUUAGAAUCACACCAGAAAGAUGACUCACAGCUGGAGGAGAUUCCCAUGGUUGUUGAUAAGUGUGAGGACAUAGAGGCUUCUGAUGCUGCUGACAAUGAAAGUAAAUCUAGUGCCGAGAUGAAGUCUGAUAUUCCAGAGGACAUGGAGGUUUUUCCUGCAGAAAACUCUCUGGGUAAAGACAUUGAAGAAAUAACUGAUGAAGCAGAGACAAAGUCCACAGGUGUGUCGGAGAUUGAGCCAGUCAGUGAUAUUGCAGAGAACAAGGAUCACUUAUUGACAUGCUCUGCAGAAGGGUUUGAUCAUGUUAAAGACGUUGAAGAAUUUACUGAGAUUGCAGAGAAACAUACCACAUGUUCGACUGAAUCUGAUGCUGCAGACAUCAGCAACACACAUGGUAGUGAAAUAGAGUCUGUCAGUCAUAUUUCAGAGGAACUUGUGGACAACAAGCCUUCAUGCACAUCAUCUGUAGAGGCACUCUAUCCCAGUAGCGACACCAAAGAAAUAAGUGAGGUAGCAGAGACAAAGACAAUAGGGGUGUUUGAUGUGACAUACAAUGAAAAUGAAUGCAGCACUGAGAUGGAGUAUGUCCGUAACAUUCCAGAGGAAAUUGAGGACAAUGAGGCUUCACAUACAUUGUUUGCAGAAACACUGGAUCCCAGUAAAGAGAUCAUAGAUGUAACGGAUAAGAUAAACACUACAGAAGUUUCAGUCAUUGAUAUUCCAGAGGAAGUUGUGGACAAAGAGCCAUCAUAUACACCUGCAGGAGAACCUGAUUGCAGUAAAGACCCUGAAGUAAUAACCGAGGUAGCGGCGACUAGUACUGCAGGUGUCUCUGAGUCUGUCAGUAACAUUCCAGAGAAAACCGAGGAAAGCAAGUCUUCACAUUCAUUGAUUUUUGCAGAAGUCCUGGAUCCUAGUAAAAAGAUCGAAGAAUUAAGUCAUGCAACAGAGACAAUCACAACUGGGGUAUCUUAUGUGUUAGACAAUGAUAAUAAAUGUAUGGCUGAGAUAGAGCCAGUAAGUGAUAUUCCAGAAGAAAUUGUGAACAAGGAGCCUUCAUGUACACCCUCUGCUGAAAUACUGGAUCCCGGUAAAGACACUGAAGUAAUAUCCAAGAUAGAGGAGAACACUGGUGUGUCUGAGUCUGUAGGAAGUGAAAAUGCAUUUAUGGGAACUACACUUACGGAUUCUGCUGUUUUAUCUGUCAAGAUGGAUGGUUCUGAGGAUGAUACUUCAGUUGAUUCAUCAAGGGGCAUGGAAAUGGAAAUAUCUGUCAUAGAUGAUGUUGUUACCCCACAUUCCAAAGAGGAAGAGAUGGUCCUUCAAAGGUCAGAAGCCAUUGAAAUAUCCACAAUAAUGUCCAAGAAAUUAUUAAAUGAAGAAGUAUCAACUCAUCAGUCGGUGAGUUUCGAACCUGGAGACAUCACUGCUAACACUACAAAUAUGGAAGGAAAAGAGGUGAUUCAUGACGUUGAUAAAAAUCUGGAGAUAUCUAAUGCCGCAACUGAGUUUGCUUCACAGGAAAAUAAUGAUAGAGCUGACAUGACAAAGGAUGUCUCUGGUGAAGAAAUCGGUAGUGGUAAUACAGUUCAUUCAGAGCCAUCAAACAUUGACUCAUAUGUUGAAGCAAGUGAUCUUGAGACUGAAAAUAUGCAUAGUAUUGAAGAGGAUGGAGCUGGGGAGUUAAUUCCUAUUGCUGCUGAUUUGACAGCAGUUGAUGUGACUUCUGUCCCUGAUGAGUUGCAGGAAGUGUCCAGUCGAGAACUUGGAAACAUAUGUCAAGAUGUUGGACUGUCAGAUCUAAAUCUUAAGCAAAGUGAUGAGACCAUGGAUGUUGAUGAGGCUAUGGAAAUUGAUGAUGAACAGGAAAUCCAAGAAUCAAAUGAAGAAUCAAGGGUGGAAUCAACCAGUUCUGAUUCCAGUGGCUGUGUAGUAGAACAGGCAAGUUUUGAAGAACAGAGACAUGUGGAGUGUUCAAGAGAGAAAGAAUCAGAAAUAUCAAAAGAUCAUGACUCUUCUGAAAUGGUUACAGGUGUAUUAGAGAACAAUGAGGUGUCAUCCAUGAAUAAUUAUGAGGAGCCUAUCCAGGGUUUAUCAGUGGAUGAAAAUCAAGACUGCAAUGCCAUUGAGUCAACAGUUCUUUCAGAUAGUUACACAGACCACAAAGACACCAUUGCAGCAGAAAGUGUGUUGGAAAGCUUACCAGAAAGAUCUGAAAGCACCUUUGGAGAUGGCAAAAGUACAGCAAGCGAAAAUGUAGAUGAAGAAGUCCUUCCUGUAAAGGAUACUGAAGGUGUUGAAAGCGUUCAAGUUGGAGAUGAUGAUUCUGUGAUAAUUCCAGAUGGAGUAACCGACCAGAAAGAAACAGUUAGGGAAGAAUCCAUACACCAAAGUGAUGAAAGGCAACCAUCCAGCGGCGAAGUUCUACAACUAAAGGAUUCACAGCCUGAAACAAGCAAGGAUUCUCAAGAUGUGAGAAUUGACUCGACCCCAAAUGAAACACAGGAAGGACAGAAAGUUGAUCAGAUGAGCAGAGAAUCAGACAGCUCGGAGAAGUGUGAGAGGGAAGAUGAUGCUGUACCCAUUGAAGAAAGAGUUCAGACUGUUCGGAAAGAAAUGGAAGAGGUGUCGAAAGUCAUUAGCAAGAUUAGUGAUCAACUGGUUGAGAAGAUUGAUGAAGAGGACAUGGAAAUACCUGUAUUAGAACGUUCUCUUUCUGCAGAAGAGGUUCCUGUCCUUGAAGGUGAAAAUCUGGCAGAGAUUGAUGCACCCAUCUUGACCCUGGCAACCUCAAAAGAAGUGCAAGAUGACAAAGAUACUCCAGACAGUGGUGAUACCAAUCAAGUAGAUAAUGCCAGUUCUCUGAAUGUAAAUGAACCUGAGAAUGCUCCACAAGAGAGAAAAGGUAUACCUUCCAAAGAAUUUGAUGGUAUAACUCAUGCAACCAAGCAAGCUGAUUCGAAGGUGGAAAGGGUUUAUGAUGAUGAUGAUGCAUUGUCAGAUCAAGAGGAUGGUAAACUGAUGAUAGAUGAGGGAUCUGCAGAAGACAAUGAUAUCAUCGUAUUGGAUGAUUCAGAGAUGUGCAAAGAUGUAAAUGAUUUCAGAGUGAAAGAAUCUGCACCUGAAUUGGUACCCUCUGAUGUAAAUGUUGAAGCAGCUGACGACACUAGCAGGGGAAGUGCAGAUGUUUCCACACACAAGCUGGAGGAUGAAAAUAAAAUGGAUACACCGUCACAAUCCUUGACUAUUCAAACAAAGGAUCCACAGCAAAGCAUUGCGCAACUUGCAGUGACUGCUCAGCCAGCCGACGAAGAAACUGCCAAUAUGAUAUUACAGGAGAUAUUAAAGAUGUCUGAAACUAUCGGGGAAGGUGUGGUGGCAAUUCCAGUCACGACUCCAGAAGGAGAAAUCUUGAAAGUGCCUCUGACUGUUGACCAAACUGGUGUGUCCAGCUGUGUGGAUGACGGAGAGAAAGCCAUUAAUGAAGAGGUUCAGGUAGUCGUUGAAGAAAAAGUAAUGGCUCCGGAGAUGGACCAUGUUCCGGAAGAGAACGGAGCUGAAGGCGAAAUGGGGGAUACCUCAGACCAUCACUUACAAAGUCAAGAUAACUUUGAUGAGGCAGAGGUGAGAGCCCUGGAGUCUGAAGAAAAUCAAUCAUCCCCUGUUUCUGAAGCCAGAAAAGCUAAAAAGAGGAUAUUUUCAAAGACAUGUCGGACCGGGAAGUGCUCUUGUAAACACUGCUUGGAAGCGAAGAGAGCAAAGCAAGCUCCUCCCGAACCUACACCUGACGAAAGCAGUAAAGCCAAGAGAAAGCCACUACCUACUAAGUUUAAGAAGCUGGCAAUAACCUUUGCCCCUACUAUGAAGAAAGUCAAGUGUUCAUCCUGUAUUUUAGAGUUUGAAACUGAACAAGAUAUGCAAGCCCACUUCAAAUCUACCCAUGCUAAUCAGCCAAAAAUGUGUUCCAUUUGCCAACAAUCAUUCCAAAACGAAGAACUGGUUAAGCUACAUGAAUUGUCUCAUGUAAAGUCUGGGAUGUUUAUUUGCCUAGUCUGUGACAAAUCAUACAAGAGGAAAGCAGACAUAGUGCGUCACUAUAAAUCCCAUAAGGAUCCAGUUCCAAGUUCUGUCAAAAGGAAAAGUUCAACUGAAAUUUCUAUCGUAGUUGAUGACUCGAUGGAAGCCAAGCCCAUUCAGCCUGGAAAAAUUAGAAAACUGGCCGUUGCGGAGGAUACCAAGAAAGAAAAAUCUGCAGUGUGCCCAAAGGAAUCUGAAAGGGGAGCAGAGAUGAAGGCAAAUUCAAAUUCCGUCCAUGCCAAAGGUCCUGUGAAAACUCCCUUGCAAAAGGUCAAAGUUGAAAUCAAAAGUGAAGACAAGCCCAAAACAGCCUCUGCUUCUGCAGGUGGACCUUCCAAAAAUAAGCAGACACCGGUAAAACCCAAGACGGAUCUCUUCUCCUGCAAGCUAUGUGGAAAAGACUUUGUUCAUGAGGAGCUGCUUGAGGAGCAUAAGAAAAUUCAUACAGGAGAGUUCCCAUUCCCUUGCUCCAUGUGUGACAAGGCAUUCAAGGUAGCGAACCAGCUCAAGAAGCACGAGCGCGUUCACACAGGCGAAAAACCCUACAUGUGUCAAUAUUGCAAUAAACGUUUCUACAGCAGCAGUAACAAGAAGCGGCACGAACGCACCCACACCGGCUACAAACCCUACGUCUGCAGCGUGUGUGAUAAACCGCUGAGCGAGAAGUGGAUCUUGAAGAAACAUGAGAAGAUGCAUCUUAGUAUUGGUGGAAUCUCGUUUGAUGAUUAAUGGGGUGAAGUGCCACUUGGUCUAUACCUGCUUUGUGUACAUGUACCUUCCAUUAGGUCUCAAACCACAUGGUCUAAAUCAUACUUUAUCUCCAAUCACUUGUCUACUGACCAUCUGAUGUAAUUGCCAUGUCACCCGUUAACUAUAUUGUCUAAUUUCUAGUUAUUCUUUUCCCAUUUCGUCUAACAUCCAUUUGGUAACACCAUUUGGUCAAUAUGGUAAGGCGAACUGUUAACGAAUGAAAUGGUCAUUUUACAAAGU